AUGGGGAAGGCGGAUGCUUCUGCAAAACGCCUUGGUGCUGCAGCUCUGCCAGAGGCAGCGAUGAAAGCCUGGGACCAGCACCUCCACACCCCCAUGUACUUCUUCCUGCUCAACCUCGCCCUCUUUGACAUGGGCUCCAUCUCCACCAUUCUCCCCAAGUCCAUGGCCAAUUCCCUCUGGGAUUCCAGGGCCAUCUCAUACUUGGGAUGUGCGGCACAGCUCUUUUUGUUUCUCUUCUUGAUCACAGCAGAGUAUUGUCUCCUCACAGUUAUGUCCUACGACCGCUACGUUGCCAUCUGCAAACCCCUGCACUACGGGACCCUCCUGGGCAGCAGAGCUUGUGUCCACAUGGCAGCAGCUGCCUGGGCCACUGGGUUUCUCUAUUCUCUGCUGCACACGGCCAAUACAUUUUCACUGCCCCUGUGCAAGGGCGAUGCCCUGGGCCAGUUCUUCUGUGAAAUCCCCCAGAUCCUCAAGCUCUACUGCUCACACUCCUACCUCAGGGAACUUGGGCUUAUGGUGGUCAGUGCCUGUUUAGCUUUUAUGUGUUUUGUGUCCAUUGUGGUGUCCUAUGUGCAGAUCUUGAGGGCCGUGCUGAGGAUCCCCUCUGAGCAGGGACGGCACAAAGCCUUUUCCACCUGCCUCCCUCACCUGGCCGUGGUCUCCCUGUUUGUCAGCACUGCCAUGUUUGCCUACCUGAAGCCCCCCUCCAUCUCCUCCCCAUCGCUGGACCUGGUGGUGUCAGUUCUGUACUCAGUGGUGCCUCCAGCAGUGAACCCCCUCAUCUACAGCAUG